AUGUUUACAGGAACUUCAUGAGCAGCAUCAGGACCGAGGGUUUGUCGGCGGUAAGAAAAAGACAUGCUCUGAAGAAACUUUGGUUUCAGGCAGCACAGCGGAUGCCACAGGUGCAGCCGCUGGGCUCCGCAGAGUAAUGGCUGUUCAGACAGCAAUCAUGAACCCUCAGUUCAUGAAUUUCUGCUUCCCUGGCUCUGUGAUGGAGUACGACGUGGAGAAGAGUCUGGACGGGAGUCUCCUGGGUGAGGCGGAAACUGAGGAGGACUACAGAGAGACCACCAGCGACCUGCUGAGCUUCAUAGACUCGGCCUCCAGCAACAUCAAGCUGGCUCUGGACAAGCCGGUGAAAUCCAAGAGGAAAGUCAACCACCGGAAGUACCUGCAGAAGCAGAUCAAACGGUGCACGGGCAUCAUAACGCCAGCCAACGCAGCAGAGGCCCCGGUCAAGAGGCAGGGCUCCCCCGCGGCGGCUCAGCCCUCGCAGAGCAAAACUCCACCCAAACGCGACGGGGUCCAGGCCAGCUUGCAGAGCAAGAGCUUGGCAGCCUCUUCCCUCUUCAGUCCUGUGAAGGAUAUAAGGGGCGAAAAAAACCCGGAAACCACCCCUGAGGCACCGCAACUGCCUGCCCCCUCUUUCUUCACCGAGCCGGCCAACUGCUCCAAAGUCAGCUCCACAUCUGGGAUGACGCUGAAGGACUUGGAGCGAGGCAACCCCGAGGCCGCCGAGUUCUUUGAGCUCCUGGGGCCCGACUACAGCAUGGUCAGCGAACAGGACCUUUAUCAAAGUGUCCGAGUGCAGCCGGAGAUGGGAGGCCCCGAUCCCACUUCCUACGACGCUCAGCAUUUGGUCGGCGGUCUCCUCUACUCGGAGCUGACUAGCUACUCUGGAGCGUGUAAGAAAGUAGGUCUGAGCCAGCCUCCCGUCUACUCGCCUCCGUCUGAGGCCGCUUCUGGGUCCAUAGAGGACAACGCGCUGUGCACUUUGGCCUUCCCCAACUACUUCACGGACUGCUCUGUACCUCAGGCCACUUAUGAUUUAAGUGAUGGUUAUAACAGAGCGAAU